AUGAGUUUCAGAAUUAGAGAGCAGCCAAAGGAAUUGUGUUCUCCAAAGGGAGAGGUUGGAGAAAUUGACACAAGGGCUCCAUUCCAAUCUGUUAAAGCUGCUGUUAGUUUAUUUGGUGAAGUAGCAGUCUCAAAGGAAAAACGUUCUAUCAAGAGAAGAUCAUCAGAGAAUGUGCUGGAAAAGGAGACUCAGCUUCUCUUGGCCCAAAGAGAACUACACAAGAUAAAGAAACAGCUUGAUAGUGCUGAUAACACGAAAUCAAAAGCACUUUCCGAGCUUGAUAAGGCCAAUGUGACACUUCAGGAAUUGACAAAGAAGCUCAACAGUGUGAGAGAAUCUAAGCAAUCAGCAAUGGAAGCGGCUGAAGCUGUGAAGAAUCAGGCCAAAGAACUUGAACAGGCACUGUCCCAAAAAGCUAUAGGAUAUGAAGCUUGGAAACAAGAACUAGAGCAUGCAAGAAGGGAGUACACAACAACAGUAAAGGAACUAGAUGCUUCCAAGCAAGAACUCAACAAAAUCAGGCAGGAUUUUGAUUCAGCUUUGGAGGCAAAGUUAGCUGCAUUCCAAACAGCUGGAGAAGCUCAACGUUCCGCAAAAUUGAACUCCGAAAAGGUCAAUGAACUGUCAAAGGAAAUUGCAACCAUGAAAGAACAAAUUGAACAACUGAAGCUUGCAUCUACACAAGCCCAAGAAGAGCAGAUAAAGGUCAUGGGAGAGAGAGAAGCACAACUAAAUUAUUACAAAACUGCUGCGGAAGAAGUACAGAUAAAAUUUAUGAAUUUAAAGAAUGAAUAUGACCCUGAAUUAACCCGAACUCUAGAGGCCCAAAUUGCUGAAACAAAUGCAGAGAUUCAGGAUAUUCAAGAGCAGAUGAAACAAGCACAUGACUCUGAGAUGGAUUCUGUGAGACUAAUAACUUUAGAGAUUAAAGAAGCCACAAAAACACUGCAGGAGCUUGCUGAUGAAGAAAACUCCCUCAAAAACCUAGUGGAAUCCCUCACAACUGAAUUAGCACAAGUGAAGAUGGAGCAAGAAAAAAUAAAGGAGAAGGAGCAAGCAGCAGAAGCUCUUGCUGCUGAUCUAACUGAUCAACUACAAAACACCAAAGAAGAGACAACUUCUAUGGAGGAAAAACAAUCUGAUGACUGUGAAGAGAUAAAGUUGAAAAUCAAGCAGCUUUCAUUUGAGGCAGAAAAUGUAAGAAAGGAAGAGGAAGAAAUGAGUACAAAAUCUCAGGAGCUGAAUCAAGAAGCUGAAAAAUCCAAAGCUGUGGCAGAAGAACUAGAGAAGAAGCUAGAGUUCAUGCUGAAACAAGCUGACGAAGCAAAAGUAGCAGAACAAAAAGCCAUUGAGGAGAUGAAACUGUUGUCUGAUUCUCAAGGUACAGUGUCAGUUACAGAUUCCAAUGGGAAGAUUGUUUUGACAGUUGAUGAGUUUGCAGCUCUGAGUGGAAAAAUAAAGGAAUCUGAAGACCUGAUUGAGAGAACGGAAGCAGCUGCAAUGGCUCAGGUGGAAGCAAUCAACACCAGAACAAAUGAAAUAGAUAGAAAGGUGGAAGCAAAUCUGAAAGCAAUUGAAGAAAUAAAGGCUGCAACAGAUAUGGCUCUGAGGAAUGCAGAGAUGGCAGAUUCUGCAAAGAUUGCAGUUGAAGGUGAACUGAAGAAGUGGCGUCAAGAUGAACCAAAUGGGGUAUCUGAUAUGGAUUACUCUGAUAAUUCUCCAAGACCAAUCCCUCUGCGUAUCUAA